CACGCUGAGGAUAAGGAAGCAGCCGAGUUUAGGUAAACCUGUUAUCGUCCUUAAGGUAUUCCUUAAGGUAUAUCACUCUAAGGUAUUUCACGACAACUUAGUGAUAAUAUUAGGUGAAAGACAGCCCAUAAAAUACUGAUCUUAGUUUGGUCCGUGGAGAAGAGCUAAAUUUUAUAUUUAAAACCUGUUGAAGUUAUAUUGGGCACACGGCUUAAAAUUAUAAUGCAUGGAACAUAUAAGUAUCCAGAUGGAAGUGAAUAUACUGGACAGUGGAAUGACCAAGGGCAGAGACAUGGCAGUGGCCAGUUAAUGCUCUCUGAUGGCUCUAAAUAUCAUGGGAAAUUUGAAAAUGGACUGUUCCAUGGAUAUGGAGUAAUGAUCAUGCAGGAUGGAUCACGGUAUGAAGGUGAAUUUUCACAAGGUAAAUUUUCUGGAUUUGGAGUAUUUACAAGAUGUGAUGGAAUGAAGUUUCAAGGCGAAUUCAGAGAGGGAAAAGUCAGUGGUCAAGGUCUCUUGACUUUUGCUGAUGGAACUCAUGGUUUACCAAGAAAUGAGGGCAGAUUUGAAGGAAAUAAACUUAUAAAGAGUUGUAAAUGUCCAAAUGCAAUACAAAAAGCAACUCAAGCAGCAGACAGAGCUAGAACACAGCAAGUUUGAAACAGAACAUUUAUGUCCCUUAUUGUUUCUUUGAGAUGAUAUCCAACAUAGACUGUCAAAGAAAACGAACAACUUAAGUCGGCCAACAUUUAACAUUCCAGUGUAAAUAAAUCAUUAUAAAAAAAAAGUCAUUAAUGUAUUGAAAUAAUUGCAAUUUACACAUGCACUUUGGAAUGCUAAGGUUUUACUGACAUAAUAUUCUACCAUUAAUAUUUAAGAGGUCAUUUAUAUACAUAUUACUUGUAACCACAUUUCAUCUUGUAUUUUACUGCUGCACAUGUUCAUACCAUAUCCCUAUUAAUAAAACUGACUGAUUACUUACAAGGCAGUAAACUUUUACCAGAUCGAAUUUAUGCAGAAGAAUAGUGCUUUAUUGAAAGCACAUAAUUAAUUCUUGUUAAUCGUUUUUAUAAUAAACAUUUUUUUACCUUA